AUGCCUGCUGCUAUAAGACAAGAAAACCGCGAGAUGGGAACCGCAACGAACCGAACUGCUGGCAGUAUUCUUAACGGUGGUAGUACCAGCGCUGUAGCGGCGUCUACGCCGAAGAGAACCAAGAGUGCUCGAAGGAAGACGUUCAAGUGCACAGGGUACGACGGGUGUGCGAUGUCCUUCACUAGGGCGGAGCAUCUUGCACGUCACAUAAGAAAACACACGGGGGAAAAGCCGUUCCAGUGUCCUGCGUGUUUGAAGUUCUUCAGUAGAGUCGACAAUCUGAAGCAGCACCGGGAGUCGGUGCACGCACAUAAACAACUCCAUCCUGCGGACCCACAUCAGCGGAAACCGUCGUCUUCGUCUAUGUCCUCGUCUUCUUCUGCGUCUUCUUCGUCGGCGUCCUCUUCCACCUCAUAUUCGGACCAUCCUUCCAGGAAAACUAAUACCGCCGGCACCAGUAUAGGAAUGAUGGCGGAGAACGAGAGGCCGCCGCAAAUCAUUCAUUCUCCGCCGGAGUUCAUCACUAACGCGAGAAGCAUCCCGCCCAUCUCACCAGGUGCCACCUACAGCGCGCAACAGCAGUAUUUCGGCGCUACUUCUCCGCAACAUCAACAGCCGCCGGCGGCCUUCUACUACCCGUCCCACCCGGCCGCCUUAGACAGCUACUACCAGUAUCCGCUUCCCAGCAACAGCACUGCUGUUAAUUACCUGCCCUCUAUGCAGGUGCAAUACCCGCUGAACGUGAACCCGAAUGCAGCGGGUCCUCCGCCCGCAGAGGUAAUGCUAUCGUCUUUGCCUCCGAGAUCUGUACCAAAUGUAUCUUUUAAACAUCCUGACUCGGCCGAUUUCCAGGCUCGCAGAAUCAUGGAUAACUAUAAUUUCAGAUCAAAUAAUACUACUAAUACCACUAAUAAUUCAUUUCCUGCGCCAUAUUGUGCACCAAACCUGGGCACCGAAGCAAAACCAGUAAUUUUCCAACAGCAUCACCAACCAUUCCAACAGCAAUCGUAUGACAACAACCCUAAUGAAAGCAUAAAGAAAGCCGGCAACGACAAGGGCAAAAUCCCCUCUGACGACGACAAUAAUGACGGCAAAAAGAGGCUGGAGACUCUAACAGACUCGGACCUUUUGAUCAAUACCAACAAGAAAAGACUCAGCGUCGAUUACAUACUGACAUAA